UGAGUGACUCUGAAACGAUUCACUACAAACUAUGAAAUAUUUAGUUUCAUGUAACAAUUGUUCUUUACUCAUAUUGAACUCCUUUUAGCAUCAUACCCCGAUGAACCAGUAACUUAUUUCCUCAACUUAUCUGUUUCUUUACGUUGAUGUCGAUAAGCGCAGCGAAAUAUACAUUUGGAGUUAUUUUGUAACCUUGUUCUGUUAAAGAAUCUCCGUGUAAAACAAUGGACUUGAGAUACUAUACAGUCCUACUUAUUACGACUCUCCUGAGCGCAUGUCAGGUUCGUAGUGGCAAAGUAACGCCGUCCAAACAGUCAGGCAUGCAGGUGCUGGAGACCGCUUCACACUACUGGCCUCUGGAUUCAGUGGAAGGGAUCCAUGGUUUUUCGGACAAGAUUGGGAACAGAACAGGUCAUGUUAAGGGGACUAACAUAACUCUCAGAAUCCACAACCACACUGUCCUGACUACCCAUAAUUCUUCUUCUGUGUAUACCAAUGACUCUGCCUACACUAACAUUUCCGCCACUGUAGACAUAAUAGAAGGAAUGGUGAAUAAGGGCAUCUAUCUGAACGGUGAUAACGGGGCAACCUUCCUUCACUUUGGCAACUAUAAGGACUCCUGCAUAAGCGAUCCUUCUCUGUGUGGACCUGAGGGGAUUACUUUCUCCUUCUUCUGGAAAAACCAUGAUGUAGAGUCUCGUUUUGCGAUUGCAUCCGGAGGUAAAGUUGGCUCCAGCGGUUUCUCUGUCUACUCCAACCCUCAUGGUGGACGUGUGGAGUUCUACACGAGAGGAGACUCCAAGACAUGGAAAGCAAAGAUCAAUCUUCCAGGGCCCUACUGGACACAUGUGCUCUUCACAUGGACCCAAAUGGAUGGACUAAAGGUCUACAUUAAUGGGACUUUCAGCAUUGGAGACCCCAGAGGAAAUGUUUCCUUUAACUAUGGCGACCCCUUUGCUGACCUGGUUAUUGGUACAGCAAACAACCAGAGAUAUGGCCACUAUGCCACAGGUGCUUUUGAUGAGUUUGUGAUUUGGGAGAGGGCUCUAUCCCCUGGGGAUGUCUGGCUAUACUACAAAGCAGCCAUCGGUGAGGAUGUUUUGUCCACCUUUCCAACUGAAGCAUCCGUCACUGUCUCUUCAGCAAUAUAUAUUCCGGGAACCACAGAGAUACCCCAGCCAACAGUUUCCACAAACCCAUCAGAGGAAGUUGAGAGACUUCAAAAUCCCAUGCGGUUAGAAACAUUGGACUUCCUGCAGACCUUUACUCUACCUAACAAGACUAUACCUCAAGAAACAGCCAACAAUCUUACACAGUCUUUACUGAGGAGUGUGGAAGAGGUCAUCACCUCCUCCGACUGGAGAGAUAAUGAUGAGUGGAGUCCAGUGGUCAGUGGGCUAGUAGAGACUGUGGAUAAUGUGAUGGUGCAUAUGGCCUCUAAACUUCAGUCCAGCCCGGACUCAGAGGCUCCUCUGUCCAUAGGAGGCAAGAGCUCUGUGGCAGAUUACUCUCUGAUUAAGAUUCCUCAGAACUACAAUCUGUACAGCUACCGGUUCCCCACACAAGGGAAGAGUUACAUCUCAGUACCAGGAGAGGCCCUAACAAUGAAGUCUCAGACCACAAUUGUGGGCCUCUUCUACCACAAAAUGCACAACUACUACAAAAAAAUCAGCCCUCUACAAACAAGGAUUAAUGAGGCAGUUGAUUUUAAAGAUCACAAGAUCCAAAUGGCCAGUCAUCUUAUUUCUCUAAAAGUGGAGCCCUCACCUACCCUAUCAAUCAACCUGUCCACAGAGCCGCUCGUCAGGAUCUUCCUCACUCACCAGCUGAGUAAAGAGCAGCAGCAUCAGGCCCUAAACCAAAGUAACAAAGUGUUCCUCUACUGCGCUUUCCUGGACUACAGCUCGAAAGAGGGUGUGUGGUCCAACGAGGGGUGUGUAAGAGCUGAUGGAAACCUGUCCUUCUCUAUCUGCUUGUGUAACCAUCUGACCAACUUUGCCAUUCUUAUGCAGGUGGUUCCUAUGGAGCUCUCAAAGGCCCACCAGGUGGCACUCUCUACCAUUAGCUACAUCGGCUGCUCUGUCUCCAUUUUCUGCCUGGCAAUUACGCUGGUGACCUUUGCUGUGCUGUCGUCUGUUAGCACCAUCCGUAACCAGCGUUACCAUAUUCACGCCAACUUGGCAUUUGCCAUCUUUGUUGCUCAGAUCCUUCUGCUCAUCAGUUUCCACUUCAACCCCGGCACGCUUCCAUGUAAGAUCCUGGCGGUGUUGCUGCACUUUUUCUUCCUGUGUGCGUUCGCAUGGAUGCUGGUGGAAGGACUGCAUCUUUACAGUAUGGUGGUCAAGGUAUUCGGAUCUGAGGGCAGCAAGCACUUCUACUACUACGCCAUUGGCUGGGGUUCCCCUUUGGUCAUUUGUGUGGUGUCCAUGACCUCAUCACUAGACAGCUAUGGGGGGUUUGGCAAUUGCUGGCUCUCUCUUAAGAAUGGGGCUAUUUGGGCUUUUGUAGCCCCUGCUCUGUUUGUUAUAAUGGUUAACAUUGGCAUUUUGAUAGCUGUGACACGGAUCAUAUCGAGGAUCAGUGCUGAGAACUAUAAGGUUCACGGAGACACCAACUCUGUGAAGCUGACGACAAAAGCAGUGGCGGUACUCUUACCCAUCCUGGGCAUAUCGUGGAUCUUUGGGGUUUUAGCAGUGAAUGAUCACUCCCUGCUUUUCCAGUACAUGUUUGCAGUGUUUAACUCACUACAGGGGUUCUUCAUAUUCCUGUUUCACUGUCUGUUAAACUCUGAGGUGAGGGCUGCUUUCAAACACAAAACCAAAGUGUGGACUUUAACCAGUAACUCUAUCCGCAACAUCAAUGUCAAACCUUUCAACUCAGAUAUUAUGAAUGGCAACAAGGGAAGUGUGACUCCCACAAAGAUGAACACAUGGGACAAAAGCACCAACUCAGCCAACCGCAUAGAUUUGUCAGCAGUAUAGGAGUGAUGGGUCUAUAUUUGCUUGUAAGUGGCUACUGAUCCAAAGACAGCAAGAGGACAAUGCAGUAGCAUUUCCUGUAGAAUAUGUUUCUUUAUUAUGGCUCUAUAUAAUAUGAAAUAUCAACAUAUUUUCAAAAGACCAAAUGCGAAAAAGCAAUGAACACAUGCAGCUCACAACACAAAGUUCUCUGAUGUUAUUUUUUCCUGCUGAUGAUCUCUCUAAAAUGACAAAAGAUGGAUGAAGACAUAAGGCCUGUUGUUGGGAAAAAAUAAGUUCUUGACAUCUUCUUUGUUUUCUUAUAAUGUGGCCUGCCAAGGAACCUGAAUUAGUUGUACUAACUGAAGACAUACAGAAAAGAGAUUCUCAUACUGUACUUAAACAGUGUUUUCUUGCUCUGAUUAUUUGGACCACAUACUAGUGCCUAUGCUACAUUUGGACCACUGUUUUGGCCUUCCUUUAAAGGGUCUAUUCAUGAAGUUCAAUCUGAAAUUUCCAACUUUAGCGAGAUAGUCUUUGCAAGAGGCUAGAGUGAAAUGGCACUCAUGCCACAAUUACAACUUGUAUUAAUUCCUUUUCAUCUGGCACUGCAGCUAUAAUGCAUUUAUUUUUGAUUACUUCUCAGGGGUUAGGGACUCAUUUUCCAUCCCAGACCUGGAAGAGAAAAACAAUAGAGUAUGUUAUUUUGCAGACAGAAGAACUGAGAGUUUUUCGUAAUUAUUUUGACCCUUUUCACUUUAUUUUGAUCUAGUAUUGUACAUAACUAGUUCCUUGAUGUAUUUCAUAAAGGCAGAACAUUUAUGAGAUUAAAUGCUCCAAAGACAGUAUGCGACACACAGAGCAAAAUGUAUAUGUGAGUGUGCUGUCACAGUCAUACAGUAUUUAUUGGUAAGUUGGCUCUGACUAUUACGAUAGUGUUACCUUAUAUAUACAUUUUAAAUUAUUGAUGUCAUCGUGUUCCAACAAGACUUUAACACUGCCUGAAAGACAUUCCUUUUACGUUAUUGGAAAUUGGAAUACCAAUACUUAAUCAGCUGUUGUUUUUGUCUUCAUAGAGGGUCCAUAUGCAAUCUUCAGACUUUUUUGCAUUUGCUGCAGUAUGCAGAUUUUGUAUAAAUCUUUUGUGUGUGGGGGGGGGGUAUUUCUGUCGAAUGAAUUGAAACAUGCUGAAAUGUGUUAAACAGUGCUGGGAGUAUUGCACUCUUAUUGAUGAAAUCAUUAAAUUAGGCAAAUAUUUAAUAGACGAACACACAAGCGGUGGGAGAUGUGUGGAUCUUGCGAGAAUUAUAUGUUUUCCAGAGCUUUUUUUGUAGUUGACAUGUAGGCUUGCUUGUGGCUGGGGGGUUUGUUGCCACAGGAACACCAGCAGUUCAAGUCCUCACUAAAAGUUCACAAAAAAUUGUAUUUAAAAGGAGGACAGGGUAGAUAUUUUCUCCCAAAUUAAUAUUUAAAGGCCAAAUGCACUUGUCCUGUUGUUAUUCAUUUUGAGAAAUAAUUGUUUGAAAUAUGGUGUUUGUCUUAAUCACAGAACUUUUGAUUAUAUUUAUUUUUAACCCACUCAUGUGAUAUAUAUAUUUUUCUCUUUAAAAAAUGCUGACAUUGUUAUUCUGGCCUCAAGAUAUUUGUGCCAGGGUGAUCAUUUUUCAACAGUUAUGAUUUAACUUUUUGCAUCAGCAUAAUUUUAGCACACAAAUGGCCUUAGCAGUGUACUGAGAUGAUGUUUAAAAAUAGAAAUCACCUUUAUUGAUCUCAGGAACUUCCUCUUUAAAAAAUUCAGUAAAAAGCGUUGUUCCUAAUUUUAUAAUGUGAGAACACUUUCUGUGAAGUUUUUAUUCUCUUAAUACUGUUCUAGUCAUUUCUAUUCUGUUUUAUCAUUUAAAUGAGGUCUGCUAUACACAUUUAAUAUGCUAAAUAACAGUUUUUUUUAGGUCUAAAAAAACAACUGUGAUAUAGCAUACAUGUGUUUUACAUAUUUGUAAGUCCUUUAUACGUCAGGUUUUUCGACGAGGAAAUAUACUGGCUCCAAACUACAUAAUUAAUGCCUUCACAGGGCACUUCAAAUUUAAUAUAAUAAUAAUAGUCAUGCAGUAGUAUCGUUACAAACAUUAUUUUCAAUAAAAAUGACUUCAAAAGUGAGUUCAACCUGUUUUAUUACAUAUUUCAGCCCUACAAAACUCUCACAGUGGAAGGUAAACCGGGUAUAGAGAUCAUCACUUCUCAAUGAAAUGCACCGGCUCAGUGGUUAGAUUUUCAGGCUCAAUUUCAAAUUUUUGUGUUAAAAAAAUAAAUAAAUGUCUAAUGACUCCUAGUCAUGACAACGAGACCCACAGUGCAAACAUUUUUGUAGCCUUAUAUCUCAGACAAAUAACAUGUCCGAAAACUUUUUUCCCAACAUACAGAUGUUAGGUUAAAAUGUCCAUGAAUGUAUAAGGGAAAGUGUGUAUUUUAGGUGCUCUGCCAAGUCAGCAUUUCUUUAAAGCUUUUAAAGAUUUUAAUCCCCUUUCAACUUUUUCUGGAAGUGCAAAUAAACUAUUUUCUUAGUUUACAUGAGGUUGUGGAAACAACAAGUAUAAUAAUAAUAUAGUAUAUUUGUACUAUAUUUACUGUAUAGCUAUACCAGAUCAUAAAAUGUUGUUAAAAAUAGUUAGAUGAAGAAAGUGUCACAGCAGGACACUGAUGACAAUGCUUAAAUUUUCAUGUCAAUUACUCGCAUAACUAUGCAUAAAAGUUGGCCAGAAUAUGUACAUAUAUAAAUAUAUGUAAAACAAAAUAAACCUCUUAAAGUGUAGAUAUUUGCAGAUGAAUUGCUCAUAUGUUCACUCAAUGUGAGUUUGUUGCAUCUUUAUAUCUGCAGUGUUUUAGUUCCUUCCCCAGAUUAUUCUUGAGAAAAAGUUAAAAGCCCAAUGCUUUGACAAGUGCUGAUUCUGUUAUCCUUUAAACAAAGUAAGCCUCAAAGACUCAAUAGCCUCAAAGUAAUAUUUUUCAUGACUUAUUUUCUGCAUUUUCAUCAGGCGUGAGCAUUAUUCAGCAAAUCACACUUUGGCUCCCAGAAAUGCUUUGUGGAAUGAAUAAAUUAUGCAAAUGACUAUGUACUGCUCAUAGCUUUACUGUUUAUACAUUUUAUAUAUGCUGCUGUUAUUGUAUUUGUUAUCAUUUGCAGUUAUUUGUCAUUUUGUGAUUAUUCAGAGCUCAUCUUAUACUUCAUAUGUUGUCUUUGGUUGUGACCAUUAUUGUGAUUUGUAUGUUUAAUAAUGAGGUACAGUGCUAUCCUUCUGUAAUGGUUUAAUGACACAAUCUGUAAAUAAUUUCUAAAAAAAGUCAUCAGUUUUUUCAAAAUAAAAGCCUUUUUAUUGGCCUUACUUUAUGCUUACUCUGUAAAGGGAUCCACAUGGGCAUGUUGGAGGCCAGGGCAGCCGCCUAUAUCGCCUGUGG